UUGGAUUUUUUCAGACAAGGAAACAAUAUUUUUUGGUGCCCGUAAAUGAGGACAACAGGAGGGUUAAUGACUCCAAUUUGUACUCAUGAUACCGAUGCGAACCAGUAAGAGACUGUCACAGAGGUUAACUUUGAGUUAGUCCAGAAGGAGGUGUAUUGUUAUCGAGGUCUGCACAGGUGAGGAAAGCCUGUUGUCAGUAUCAGCUGAUAAGAGCACGGCUGUUUUAAUGUGCAACCUCCUGCCAUUGUGCUGGCUGGACUCUCACUCCCUUCCUCCAGCUCUCAGCCUGUUUAUGAUUUACUUCCAGUAAAGAUCAUCAGCUUUGUCCGUGCAGGGCUUUGAGCCAGCCGCCCGGACCCAAGUUCCACCAGCUGGUCUCUAAGUUUAGGAAGUAUUAGUUGUAUGCUGGAAAACAAGCAAGUUUUCCUAUGUUAUGCUAUACAUUGGGGCACCAGCCUUGGGCGUGGAUAGAGGUUGGUUGUUUCCUCUCCAAAAUGUUGUCAUGGGGGUGUUCUGUUUCCUGCCUCUUCAUGCUUUAGAGAACACACUGAUCUGAUUUUCCAUCAUAUUGCCAUAUAUAUACCUCAUGGAGACAGUGAGGGAGGGGGAGAGACAGACAGAUGGUCAUGGUCAUUUAAACCAUCUCUCUCUCACACAUAACCAGUGUCAGCCAGCCAGUUCAAAGCCCUGCUCACUGGACUAAACACUUACUCACUAUGGAAGCAACCACUCAUGGAUUACAUUCAGGAGCAGAUGAGAGGUGUGACUUCACCUUUCCACCUCUGCUGCAUCAUCUUUGCACCUUCCCCACCUUCCCUCCCCAGUCUUUGUGUCUCAGGUCUGCGUUUGGACUCUGAGCAGUGAUGGGGGACUGGAGUCUCCUGGGGAAUUUCCUAGAGGAAGUCCAGGAACACUCCACCUCGGUUGGGAAGGUCUGGCUCACCAUCCUCUUCAUCUUUCGCAUCCUGGUGCUGGGCACAGCGGCCGAGUCGUCCUGGGGUGACGAGCAGAGCGAUUUCCUGUGUGACACUCAGCAGCCCGGUUGCACCAACGUUUGUUAUGACAGCGCCUUCCCCAUCGCCCACAUCCGCUACUGGGUGCUGCAGAUCGUUUUUGUGUCCACGCCGUCUCUCAUCUACAUGGGCCACGCCAUGCAUACGGUGCGCAGGGAGGAGAAGCGGAGGAGGAGGGAGCAGGAGGAGAGGGAGGAAAGAGGGGAAGGUGAGGGAGACCUGGAGGGGGAGAAGGAGUAUCUCCAGCAGAAGGAGACCGGAAAGAUGGUGGGAUCUGAUGGGACUGGCCGUGUUCGCUUAAAAGGUGCCCUACUGCAGACUUACGUCCUGAGCAUCUUGAUCCGUACCGUGAUGGAGGUGACUUUCAUAGUGGUGCAGUAUCUCAUCUAUGGUGUGUUCCUCAAGGCGUUGUACCUCUGCAAGUCCUGGCCCUGUCCCAACCCCGUUAACUGCUACAUGUCUCGGCCCACAGAGAAGAAUGUCUUCAUCAUCUUCAUGCUGGUGGUGGCUGGUGUAUCUCUACUGCUGUCUGUCUUGGAGCUCUACCACCUGGGCUGGAAGAGCAUAAGGCACUGUGUACGCAAAAAGGUGAUGCAGAGGAAGAACCACAGAGCCGUGACGGUGGCCGUGACUGCAGCUUUGGAGUGCAACAGCCCGCCUCGACCCUCCGCCUCCUGCACCCCGCCUCCCGAUUUCAACCAGUGCCUGACAACCCCGAGCCCCAUGAACCCCAUGUCCUCCAUGGCCUCGCAUCCAUUCAACACUAGAAUGGCGCUGCAGCAGAACUCGGUCAACCUGGCCACCGAGCGCCAUCACAGCUGUGACAACCUGGAGGACGAGGAGGACUUUCUGAGGAUGAGAUAUGAGCAGGCGGCCUCCGAGCUGCCCAACAGCUGCUCCCCGCUGCCGCUGCUGCAGUCCGGCUACAUGAAGGACAAACGGCGCCUCAGCAGAACCAGUGGCUCCAGUAGCCGGGCACGCCAAGAUGACCUGGCAGUGUAGAGUCACUGAGAGAGGCUGACGGGGAGGAGAGGAGGAAGGGCUGGACCUUCAGCACCAAAGAGAAAGGAUGGAAUGAUGAGAGUGUAAAGAGACACAUGUGAGCCAGAGAUUUAUAUCAGAAUGAAAGGGUGGGAUCAUGAGCACUGGUGAACUAUGCAAACUGUGGCUCUGAGGCCAGACUCUUGGCUGUAGAAGAUGGACUCAUUCAUGAGAGAAACUGAGGUCUGCGAUUGGACCACGUAAACUUUACAUGUAUGAGCUUUUUGAGCAGAUAAUCUGUCCCAGAGCUCAAAAAACUGAAAAAAAAACAACAACUGCAAAACAAGGAGAAUAAUGAAAACAGGGUAACGGCCGGGACUAUUGCACAUUAUAUGUUAAACCCAAAACAAGAGAAGGAAGUAAUGAGAUGCAUCGUGUGUUUGUUGUGAGAUGGCUUAAUGAAUCAUUUUAAUACAAAGCAAAACGUCACACAUAUCUCAUCUAUUCAGUUCAUUACAGAUUAGCCUAUGAUUUUAGACAACACAGCCAGCACUAUUUGCCCAACUGCAAAAAUAAAGAAAUAAAAUUAAAGUGGCAAUAAAUAAAAACAAGGAACUGUGAAGUUGUCCGUGCAUUUGCAGUGAAUUAAGCCAAAGUGCCUUAUCAAGUGUGAGAGAUAUCAGUUUCCUAAAAACAUGUUUUUCCUGUUCUUUUGAAAAGCCAGAUAAAUAAAUGAUAAAUGUUGUAGCUUUAAAUCAAGCCACUUGCUGGUUUGCUAAUCUAAUUGCACUAUGCCAGCGGGUCAACAAAGAUUAAACUGUAUCUCAAGAAUAAUAACAUUCUUAAAGUGUGUGAGCAAAACUGUGUCCAUUAGUCAUAUAUUUGACAGGAGCCUUUGCGUGCAGACGUGAUGAGAGAAUGUAGCCUGUUUUAGGAAUAUUUUUUGAGAGCAAAAAGAAAAAGAAACUUGGAUGUAGGUUAUGAGCAGAUUCAGCCACUAGGUGGCAACAAUGCACUUGCAUUUUUCCGUCUCUCUCCUGGAGCCGUUGUGUAAAUAGGGAAUUUGUUCCUAUGUAAUGUGUUUAAGUUGAUGUCUUUGAAUGUAUUUUAUUUUCAUAUCCAGUGUCUAGUUCUUCCCAUAUGCAGAAUAAUUGUACAUGUUGUUUAUAGCCACAGCUGUGAAUUUCCAUCCUUUCAAAUGGAGGUUUAAAGUUCAACUAUACAUAUGUAUUCAUAGCAAACAUUCAUUUUAAAAACUGAAUUUUUGCUCAGCCAGCUGUACUUUCACUGCCUUUUUUGGUUCCUUCACACAGACUGUUAUGCAAUAAAUGUCAUCCCUGACCCAUAGCCAAUAAAUGAAUCAUGACCUGUA